CCAAGGGACCGUCGCCGUCUCGUCGCCUCAGCGUCGAUGUCUGGGCCCAGCCCGCGCUGCCGCCCGCCUUACCUUCCGUCCCUGUUCGGGCCUGCGGGAUGUUCAUUUUAAAGAUUCUGUGAGGAUGAAAAGGGAUCUCUUAUGGCUUUAUGAAAUAUAGAGCAAUACUGUCUGACAUGACGGCAAAAAAUGUUGGUGUGACUUCCACAAAUGGAGACUUGAAAGGAUUUAUAGAUCAGAACCAGAGUCCAACAAAAGGUAAUAUUUCAGUAAUCACAUUGCCAGUUUCCAGCACCAACUCUCCCACUAAGAUUUUGCCAAAAACCUUGGGACCAAUCAAUGUGAAUGUUGGACCCCAAAUGAUCAUAAGCACCCCCCAAAGACUGGCCAGCUCAGGGAGUGUUCUGAUCGGGAGUCCGUACACCCCAGCUCCAACCAUGGUCACACAGACACACAUCACAGAGGCGUCUGCCUGGGGCCCAGGGGAGCGAAAACGGACUCAAGAAAUUAUAGAGUCAGAUUUUUCAGAAAGUAAGAGAAGCAAGAAAGGAGAUAAAAAUGGGAAGGGUCUGAGGCAUUUUUCAAUGAAAGUUUGUGAAAAAGUUCAACGUAAAGGAACAACUUCAUACAAUGAAGUCGCUGACGAGCUCGUAUCAGAAUUCACAAAUUCUAACAGCCACCUAGCAACAGAUUCACAGGCUUAUGAUCAGAAGAACAUUAGACGGAGAGUUUACGAUGCGCUCAACGUCCUGAUGGCAAUGAACAUCAUUUCAAAGGAGAAGAAGGAAAUCCGAUGGAUCGGCCUUCCCACAAACUCAGCUCAGGAGUGUCAGAAUCUAGAGAUAGAAAAGCAGAAGCGGAUUGAAAGGAUAAAACAGAAGCGAGCCCAACUGCAAGAACUGCUACUGCAGCAAAUAGCAUUUAAAAACUUGGUACAAAGAAAUCAGCAAAAUGAACAGCAAAAUCAAGGCCCUCCAUCUUUGACCUCCACAAUACAGCUGCCUUUCUUAAUAGUCAACACUAGCAAAAGAACAAUUAUAGACUGCAGCAUAUCAAGUGAUAAAUUUGAAUACCUCUUUAAUUUCGAUAAUACUUUUGAGAUUCAUGAUGACAGCGAGGUGCUGAAGAGAAUGGGAAUGUCCUUUGGGCUCGAAGCAGGCAAAUGCUCAGCUGAGGACCUGAGAACUGCAAAAUCACUGGUGCCAAAAGCUUUGGAAGGCUACAUCACAGAUAUGUCUGCGGGACUUUCAUGGGUAAACCAAGGGUUAAUUUCAAGUUCAGCACAAGCAGUUUCCCAUUUUGAGGCAGCUGGAAGCACAUAUGAUGCUAAAUCAAGUGAGAAUGCAGGGUUGUGUUUGGAUGCUGAAGUGGCCUUAGCAACGGGGCAGCUGCUUGCCCCGAGCAGCCAGCAGUCCAGCAGCGCAGCGUCCCGGGGGGAGACGCCCUGCUCCUUCAACGAGGAAGAUGAAGAGGAUGAAGAUGAGGAUUCUUCCUCCCCAGAAUGAGGACAGGAGAAAAUGGAAUAUACAAAAUGCUGCUCAAAUAUUCUUAAUGGGAGUUCCUGUUUGGAUUUUACUGGUUUCUUGCCUUGAUUUGCACUGUGUUUGGUGAACUAAAAUGGAAGCUUCAAAACAAGUUUAUCCAUAGCUGAAAUUGAAGAAUUGUGUAACUGAACACAGAGUGACAUGCAGAGACAGAGUAAAGUGGGUUUUAUAAACUAUAAAUGAGGAAAAGAACAAAGUCCCUGGAGAUUUGGCAAAGUAAACCUUAAGAUCAUCUUUUCCAUUUUGGGACUCGAGUAUCUGUCUUCCCCUUGUCUUUUUCAGAUGGAGGAGAAAACAGUCAGUCAGUAAAAGCUGAUUCUUGUAUUGUCUUUUGGCUGUUCUGCCUUUAGAAAAAGGGGGAGAGAGCACACACAAAUGUGCUAAAAUCAUUAUUUAAAACUAUCUUGUAUGAAAGUGGUUAUAGGGAAAAGGGACUUAAAAUGUUUGCUUUUUUUCUGUUCAACUUGCUGUAUAGAAGAUUCUUAAAGUAAUAUAAAUUGCAAGUGAUUAAAUGAAUUUUGAAAUAGUUUAUAUCCAUUUUAGAUACUCUAAAAGUAACAGGAAGCAUUAGUAUAAAAGGUUCAUAUGUUCAUUUAUAUUGCAGGCCUAAUUUAUUUUAAGUGAUUAUUCUUAGCCAUUAUUAAAACAGUCAGGAAAAAAACCAGUAUUCUCUGCACCAGCUUUUUUCAAGGAAAAUAAGUUUAAAAAUUGUAUUUCUAGAUUACAGCGUAUUCAGUGUAGCUUCUCCUUUAUUGUUCUAACUUUAUAUAAUCCCUUUGAUAUUAGAAAAAAGGCCUCCCACUAUGUUAAGGAUCUCAGGCAGUGUGUUUUCAAGGCAGCCUUUUCAAAUUUGGGGUGGGCAGGUCACAUAACUUUUAAAGUCAUAGGCUGAGGUUCUUAGGGAAAAAAUUAAAUUACAACAAUACAUUGUUUCAU